UAAGUGACAUUUUAAGUGACACCCUAAUAAUCACGAAAAACACGAUUUGAGUACACAAUUAAUUGAAUUAUUACAUAAUUUCUUUUACGAGUUAAAAAUGAUUGAUCCUUAAACCUUAGCUCGUAAAACCCAGCGAGCAGCUUUGGUACUGCCAACGUACCAACUCCGAUGAGCACCCUCACCUCCUCCUCCGUCCUCCUCCCGCCAUCGCAAUUCCGCCGCCGGCGAGCCACCACUCCCUUAAAAAAUACCUUAUUUACUCCAUUUUCUCCUAUCUCUCUUCAAACACGGCGCGGGCUCACUCUCCCCCCAAUCUCAGCCUCUCUCAAGGAAAAAAUUGGUGGCUUUAAGAAAUCGUGGGCCGACUUAACCAGUUUGAACCACUGGGUGGUCAGAGAUUAUAACAGACUCGUAAAAUCAGUAAAUGAAUUGGAGCCCUACAUUCAAAACCUUUCUGAUGAACAGUUGAGCUCGAGGACUGUUGUAUUUCGCCAGCGUUUGGAACAGGGCGAGACUCUAGCUGAUAUUCAAGCUGGUGUGUUUAUAACAUUACUGGAUUUGGACGAGUUCUGGUCAAAGACUUUCGAGGCUUUUGCUGUCGUUCGUGAAGCUGCUAGAAGGAAGCUUGGAAUGCGUCACUUUGAUGUUCAGAUUAUUGGCGGUGCUGUGCUUCAUGAUGGUUCAAUCGCAGAAAUGAAAACUGGAGAAGGGAAAACCUUAGUGUCGACUUUAGCAGCUUAUCUCAAUGCUCUGAGUGGAGAAGGUGUUCAUGAGGUUGCUAUUGUUGGUUCGGACUACCCUUAUGCUGUAGGCCCCAAACUCAAACAUAUUUUACUCCCUGUGGCAGUUGUUACUGUAAAUGAUUACCUUGCUCGGCGUGAUGCUGAGUGGAUGGGUCGUGUGCAUCGUUUCUUAGGUCUCUCAGUUGGACUUAUCCAAGGUGGAAUGACACCUGAGAAGCGAAGAUUGAACUAUAGAUGUGACAUUACGUACACCAAUAAUUCGGAACUUGGCUUUGAUUAUUUGCGAGAUAACAUUUGUGGAAGCAGAGAACAACUUGUGAUGAGGUCAAAACCCUUCCAUUUUGCAAUUGUUGAUGAAGUAGAUUCAGUCCUUAUCGAUGAAGGACGAAAUCCGUUGUUAAUAAGUGAUUCGGCAACUAAAGAUGCUGCACGAUAUCCAGUUGCGGCUAAAGUAGCUGAGUUGCUGAUACAAGGGCUCCAUUACACGGUGGAGCUGAAAGAUAACUCAGUGGAACUUACGGAGGAAGGUAUACUACUGGCUGAGAUGGCCUUAGAAACAAAUGACUUGUGGGAUGAGAAUGAUCCUUGGGCUAGGUUUGUUUUGAAUGCAAUAAAAGCUAAAGAAUUUUACCGGCGGGAUGUACAGUACAUGAUCCGAAAUGAUAAGGCUCUCAUAAUCAAUGAGUUGACUGGUAGAGUAGAAGAGAAAAGGCGAUGGUCUGAGGGAAUCCAUCAGGCGGUAGAGGCCAAAGAAGGACUGAAAAUUCAGGCUGAUAGUGUUGUCAUUGCCCAAAUUACCUACCAAUCACUGUUCAAACUAUAUCCAAAGCUUUCAGGGAUGACUGGGACUGCAAAGACGGAGACUGCUCGAGGGAAAUGGGAAUAUGCUUGUGCAGAAAUUCAGUACAUGUUUCGCCUAGGCCGGCCUGUAUUGGUUGGGACAACUAGUGUUGAACACUCCGAAUACCUGUCUGCUUUAUUGAGGGAGAGAAAUAUACCCCACAAUGUCCUUAAUGCUCGCCCCAAGUAUGUCGCCAGAGAAGCCGAUAUUGUUGCCCAGGCAGGUCGAAAGUAUGCAAUUACUCUAUCCACGAAUAUGGCCGGAAGAGGCACUGAUAUUAUUUUAGGAGGAAAUCCAAAGAUGCUUGCUAAAGAGAUUUUGGAGAACAAUUUGCUUUCAUCCCUUACAAAAAAUGUUCCUGAUCCCGAAGUUGAUUCUGGGACAUCUUCAGAUAAGGUUUUAUCCAAGGUUAAUGUUGGACCAUCAUCAGCAGGCUUGCUUGCUAAGACUGCACUUAUGUCAAAAUAUGUAUGUAAAAGUGAGGGAAAAAAGUGGACUUAUGGUGAGGCAAGAAAAUUGAUAUCGGAGUCUAUUGAGCUCAGCCAGUCAAUGGAAACUUCAGAAUUAUGGGAGCUCGUUAAUGAGCAGACAGAGAUGUACCCUCUUGGCCCCAGUAUAGCUCUUGCUUAUCUAUCGGUUCUAAAGGAUUGUGAAUCUCACUGUUUGAACGAAGGAUUAGAAGUUAAGAGGCUCGGAGGUCUUCAUGUGAUCGGCACAUCACUACACGAGUCUAGGAGGAUUGAUAACCAGCUACGAGGCAGAGCAGGAAGACAAGGUGAUCCUGGUUCGACACGGUUUAUGGUGAGCUUGCAGGAUGAGAUGUUUCAGAAGUUCAAUUUUGACACAGAAUGGGCUGUAAACCUUAUAUCUAGAAUGACGAAUGAUGAGGAUAUCCCGAUAGAAGGUCAGUCGGUUGUGAAACAGCUAAUGAGCCUGCAAAUAAAUGCUGAAAAAUACUUCUUUGGUAUAAGAAAGAGUCUCGUUGAGUUUGAUGAAGUAUUAGAGGUGCAAAGAAAGCAUGUCUAUGAUCUUCGACAAUUAAUUUUAACAGGCGAUCCUGAGAGUUGCUCGCAGCACAUUUAUCAGUACAUGCAAGCAGUGGUAACUGAAAUAGUUCUCACGAAUGCAGAUCCAGCAAAGCAUCCAAGCAGCUGGAAUUUGGUAAAGUUAUUGAAAGAAUUUAUUAGAAUUUCUGGUAACGCUUCUGCAGACUCUUUUGCAGGGGUUACUGAAGAACAGCUUCUGCAAUCACUCACUCGAGUCCAUAGCUUAAAUUCUGUAGACAUUGACAAUUUUCACCUCCCAACUUUGCCUAAACCUCCGAAUUCCUUUCGAGGCAUCCGGAUGAAGACCUUAUCAUUCAAGCGCUGGUUAACAAUAUGUUAUGAUGAUUCAAUAAAAGAAGGGAGCUUCAGACAGACUGUUAAUCUUCUUUGCAAGUAUCUUGGAGAUUUUUUGAUAGCUUCAUAUCUUGAUGUUGUUCAAGAAUCGAGCUAUGACAGUGUUUACAUUAAGGAAAUUGAGAGAGCGGUUAUCUUGCAAACUAUCGAUUGCUUUUGGAGGGACCACCUUGUGAACAUGAACAGACUCAGUUUGGCGGUGAAUGUACGAAGCUUUGGGCAUAGGAAUCCACUCGAAGAAUAUAAAAUUGAUGGGUGUCGAUUUUUCAUUUCUAUGUUGAGUGCCACACGUCGUGUGACUGUGGAGUCCCUAUUACGGCACUGGACUUCUCCUAUGGAGAUUCCCGAACUUUAAGUAUAAUGAUACAAGCGUACCAUUUUUCAAGCUAAAGACAGGUAUUGUUACCUGAUUGCUACAAUUUAAGGAAUUGAAGAAAGAUGAAGCGCAUUAGCUUCGAUCUUGAAAUGUAAUGUACAUUCGACACAUAAGCUAAUUUUUUGGUCCACCAAAUAUGUUGUUUGCAGAAACAAGGACAAUUAUGCUAAAAAAAAUGAUGCUUGUCAGAAAUUAUCUUAAUGUUGUAAAGACAAGAUAUGAGUUGUUGUGUCUGAUUCUCAAGGUUCGAUGUAUGGAUAAAUAUUUGCUGUCAUGCUGUGUUCAUUGUUCAGGUAACUAACUAAACAACUUAUGUUAUGAUGUUGCCACAAAUUUGGGUGCAAUAAUGAGUUGCCUACAGAUUGUACCUUAAUUUGUGCACUAGCAUUGGGUUGUACUUUUAGCCAAAUUUUGCUGUCUGUUUCACAAAUAUAUUAUACUUUAUAUAUACGACGAAUAUUCAAAUGGAGGGAAGGGUUUGUUUAUCAUGAG